AUGUCUUCUAAUACUUCGAUUAAUGUGCUGCUGAUAGGUUCUAAUCCGUUCUUCAUUUUUUUAUGGUCAAGGUUCAGAUUAGCCAAUAGAGUUAAUCUAUAUUUGACUAAUGACUAUAAGACAAAUUCAUAUGAAAUAGAGACACGGAACUAUAAGAAAGUGAAGUUUCAACUUGAAAACCAUUUCAAUUCCAUACAGAGUUUAGUGAAAACUUUAGAAUAUAAAGGAAUUGAACUUAAAUUUGAUUUGGUUUUCAUUAGUUGUGUUACUAAAAAUAGUCUAAAGAAAAUAUCAAUCUUUCUAAAGAAUAUUAUAGAUGAAAAUACAAAAUUGAUUAUUGAUUCCACUCAUUUGAUUUCAUUGGAGAAAGUAGUGCAUAACUAUAUCAAUGCUACUUAUGAGGUUCAAAUAUUAAGUUUAAUCACUAAUUAUGACAUUCGUUGCAUGAGUAUUUCCCAAGACUCUAUUUCCUUUAAAGAGGUGCCCCAUAAGGAAGCAAAGCCUUUCAUAUAUUUAGGGAAAUCUGAUUUUACUGCAUACAAUGAGAAUGCUAAAAAUUCAUUGCAAGUAGUACAAAGAUUACUUCAGAAAUUACUAGCAUCGGAUUAUAUAGAUCUCUGCGGAAUGAAUCAUAACAAAUUCAUUUCUAAACAAUGGGAACUUGCCAUGGAGCAUAUAUGUCUAGAGGCAUUAUUAAUUGUGUUCCAAGAGAGUAGCUCUGCAAAUUUAAAAAAUAUUCUAUUAGCAUCACCACUAAUUAAAGGGUUACACACUGAAAUGAUAAAUAUUUUAAAAUCAAAUUAUUUAGACAAUGUUGGUAUAGAGGAAUUAAACGCUCAAACAGUUGAAAAUCUCAUGUCUCAUUGGGUUGAAUUCAAUGCUGAUACUGAACCACAGUUUGUUUAUAUUUUCAAAAAAAGAUUACACUUCCUCAACAAUUAUGAUAUUCUGUUAUUAAACCCUAUAAACCAUGCCAAAAGAAUGUCAAUUGAAACACCUUAUUUGGAUUCCUUAUAUGUGAGUCUGAAAAAAUUAAAUGAUAUAAACAAUGAUAAUUCUUCACUAUUCAAGAGAAAUACAGAUACAAACAGUACAAUAGUCGAAAAAUCUUUAGAGAGUGAUGUCGAAAAAAUGAAUAAUCAGAUUCAAUACCUCAGAAAAAUGAUAGAAGGAAAUACUAGCCAAAUUAACAAUUAUACAAAAAAUACUGCCAAUUUGAAAGGUGAAAAACAAAAGUUGAGGGCUGAAUUAAAUUCUAUCACUAAGGAAUUAGACCUACAGUCACAUAAUCAAACACAAGGCCAGAAAAGUAACCAAAAUCGCAACACUUUUUUUGUAGCGAAUGAAAAUUCUUCAAAUAUUAGCCUUGAAAUGUUGAAGGAAAAAGAAUUAGAGCUUAGAGAGAAAGAGUUAUCAUUAAAAGAAAAAGAAUUGGAAUUGGAAUUGAAAAAGAAAGAUUUUCAAAAAUCACUUUAUAAACAGCAUAGAUACAAAAAAAGUGCAGACUAUCUGGGUUCCACUAGGUCACAUACUCCAGUGCAAAGACCCGUUAGUACACAUUUGCCAAUACAGAAUGCAUAUCCAUCAAAUGGACUUGUAAAUGCUCCUAUAAAUGGAAAUUACCUUUCUAAGAAGACCUCCUAUUCAAACUAUGAGCAGUCAAAACAGCAUAUGAACAAUUAUACACAUUAUAAUAAUACAUCUUAUUCUUACAGAUCAGGUCAUAUGAAAAGCAACCCAAAAAACUCUGAACUGCAUAAAGCACCUUCAGGAAAUUUUAAUUUACUGUCUACAAAUAGAAAAAACCAAAUAGAUGAAACUAACGAUAUUCGAAGGCUCUCAUCCGCAGAUAUAACAAAUUCAAGAUAUUCGUACUCAUCAUAUAAUGGCAAUAAUUUAACAAAAUCAUCAUCUGCAUCAUCAUUCUUAUCAACUGCAAGAGAUCCCAACUCUUAUGCUGCAUCCAUUAACCAUCAAUAUCAUAGCCGUACUCCUUCAUCAUCUAGUGCUCUGAUAUUGGAAGAUUUCAACAAUACUAUUGGUAUUGGUAGUAUCCACAAACAAAAUAGCGGAAGAGGAAUGCCCAUACUGAAGAAAAUGCAAACCACACCGGAAGUUACAUCGAUGAAUAGCAAAUAUUCCAAUGGUUAUAAUAAUUAUACUAAUUAUAGAAAUAAUAUUAAAACAAACCAAAUGCCAAUGGUGCCACAUAAUCAAGAAUAUUCAUCACAAACAAAGGUCACAGGAUAUUAUGAAAACAAUUCAAAUAUUCUUUCCAACCGAAAUGACAAUAAUAGGCAAUUACAAAAUAAUUUCAAAUACGGUGAUCAGAAUUCCAUCGCUGGUAAUGCAACUAGUUUAUCUUCGUCAUCAAGCAACGCUUUGAACAUCGGUAAUCUCAAUUCAAUGAAAACGCCGGGUUCCGCAGAUACACCAGCGACAAUCAUUUCUCAGUCACCAAACACUAUGGUUAAUGGAUUGGCUAAUAACACUGAUCUUAUCGCAACUGACAAUAAAGAUCAAGUUUCCAAUGUUGGCAACACAGACAAUAAGGAAUCUAAGAAAAAAAAAAGAAUAGGUUCAGCGGACUUUUCAAAAGGAGUUAGUCAUCAAACAACAAUUUUAUUUUUAUACUCAUCUAUACGAUUAUUAACCCAAUCGUUCAUCUAA